AUGGACACCCGGAGCGCUCACUCGUCGUCUGACAGCUACGAGCUGCUGGGGCAUCAGAUUUGGGCCUUGCAGCUCGAGGUUCACGACCUCACCGGCCGUGUGCAGAAGGUCGAGGAGCUGCUCAGUCAGACUCGUCAGGACCAAAGGCAGGUGCUGCGCCGCGUGCAUUGGUUAGAGCACUUCCUGGAUUUCUUGCUUCCGGCCGCGGUCGGUCGACCAUCGGGGGAAAUGGAAGCCGAGCCGCGGGGGGAAGCUAACACAGGGGACUUUCCUUUCCCGCCAGAGCCACCAAACCUGGGGCAUUCGGGAAGCAACUCCGAUGUAGAACUUGAGCUAAAUGAGCCUUGGGCUUUACUUCGGAAUGUUCAUGAGGUGGAGUUGGAGUCGCUGCCAGCUGCCUCGUAUGAACCUCCCUCGCCGUCUCAUAUCCCUUCCGAAGACGGGGAAGAUGCUGUGACAGAGGUCGAUGAAAGGGCCUGGUACUCACCAGUGGAGCUGGGAUCCGAGCCUGAAGACUGUCGAGUGCCCCCGAAGCCGAGCAAAUUACCUCAGUGGCAGGAAGCUUUGCAGCCGGAUCCCUUGUCUCAAGAGCAGCUCCGCUUGCAGCUCAGGCAGCAGGCGUCGUCGGAUGUCAUUAAACGAAGGCGCGCUAGCUUGAUGCUGCCGUGGCAGAGACAGCCAACUCCCGUGCACGAGGCAUUCAAGCAGAGGUUUCAGGCAGUGCCUCAGGUGGGCACUCGUGAGUGCCUUGUGGUGUUGCAACCUGAAGUUCUCGCCCCGGGGGAUGCAUCAGGCGUGUCAUGGAAGGUUUCAUCGCGCCUUAAGAGAAUCAGGAUUCCUUUGGGAGAUGAUGAGCUAAGGGCGGUUGCACUUAAGAGGUUGAAGGUGCUCUUGUUGCUUGAUCCCGAGGGAACCCAGCUAGGCUUGAGUCUUCUGCAGAAGACUUUGUCUCUGAAGGACGACGACGAGAUACGACAAAGCUUGUCGGACGCCUUCCGUGGGAAAGCCUCGACGACCCUGCAGAAGAGGGCCCUGUCAUUGCAAGCCUACGUAGCGAAGCACUUUGAAUUGCAUGAGGGUUCGCCGUGGAGGGCAACGGAAGAUCAGCUAUAUGCAGUCCUGUGUGCCUUCCGGUCCGGGGGGGCCAAGCCGACCACUGCAAACCAUCUUCUGGAGGCGCUAAGGUUCUUUGACGGAGUGUGCAAGUUGCUUCACAUGAGUUUGGAUGCUGUGAUCUCGAGCCGCAGCCGCGGCGUAGCCCGGGAUCUCUACUUGCAGAAAGCCCCGCUUCGACAGCGAGACCCGCUUACUGCAGAACAGGUUCGUAACCUCGAGACGUUGAUGACUGGCCACCUCGAGGAUUGGCUGAAGGUUGUCUUGGGGUUGAUUUUGUUUUGCAUUCACGCCUGCUGUAGAUGGUCGGAUAGUCAGAGGAUUAAGAGCUUGCAAAUCUUGGGAACGGGCCCUGGCGCAAUUCUGUUUGCGCAGGCCUUAGGGUCCAAGACAUCGCUGACAGCCGAAGCCCAAACCCGAUUCCUUCCCUACACGGCGGUGGCCAGAGGGCUAGGGGAUGUUGCAUGGGCAGAGGAGUGGUUGGCUGCAAGAGAGCGCGAGAGUGUGGGCUUCCAGGUAGGCUGUGUGCCCACGUGGUUGGUGAGCAGCUCCAGGUGGGGAAGUGUCCCGAUGUCGACAGACGAAGCCGGGGACUUCUUGUUUGAUCUGUUGGCCCGAGCGGGCUCCCCGCCUGACGCCGACAAAUCCAUUGGAACGCACAGCUGCAAAGCGACGCUUUUGACUUGGACUACUUGGUCCCCGAUUGUGAUUUUCAGUCCCAAGGAACAGCGACACCUGGGGCAUCAUCUCAAGAGGGGGCAGAGCACUUUGACUUACAGCCGUGAAUACUUUGUUACCUUAAGUGGUAAGGUUUUGGGCAUGUACCGGACCAUCCGAAGCGGGAGGUUCAACCUAGAUGAGAGUCCUUCGCAGCGAGCGGAGGCCAUUGCAGAUGGCUACGAUCGUGGUGAGCCCGAGGACUCCCCUGAUGAGGCUCCGUGGGCUUCUGGGGACGCAGCAGGGGUUGCGGCUGACAGGCGCUUGAACAGCUUGGACGCGAUCGAGGACUCAGGUGAGGAGAGUGCUUCAGCUGAGUCGUGCAUCGAAAAACCCGACGGAGCAAGGAGGCCUCCUUCAGGGGCCCGGCUUCCUUUCGAUUCUGGGGAUGACCGUGAGCUCAGGAUUCACCGGCUGUCGGGCAUUGUGCAUAGAGUCCGCGAGGGAAAUGUUUUGAUUUGUGGGCGUCAGAUCACGGAACGCUACAAGGCGUUCAGUGCUGAUGAUGAGGAUGACCCCGAAGUCUGUCAACAGCAGGGUAUACAGUCUCUUAGGAGACGAGUUGCCGAAGAUGUGAGCAUGAAUCUUCCGUGGGCGUUUGUGAACAUGUGCUUGAAACUUAGGUGCGCAAAGUUUGGGCUGGCUCCAGAACUGCUUCGAAAGAUGAUCGAGGCGGGCUUCGACACAUUCGGCAAGGUGGCGUUUGCAGCGGGGGCAAAUCCCAUGACCCUUACUGACGCUGCAGUAGACGAGUGGAUUGGAACAUUUGUGGAUCCACUGCCGAGUGCCUUUCAGGUUGCAGUAAUCAGGCGAAUUGUUUACGAGAGCCAAAACGUCAGCAUUGCAGAUCUGAAGGCCAGGGUCGAGCCUAGCACCGAGGCCCAGCCGCGUAAGCUUCCCAUUGCUGAGCGUUUGGUGAGGCAAGAGGAGCAGGCUCAGAGGUUGACAGGGUUGCAGCUGACGCCGCACAAUGUGCCGGGGCAUGCUUGUGUUGAUGAGGUCGUUAACAUGAUUGAGAAUAACACCCUUAAGUAUCUUCCUCUGAACAGAUGGAUAAGCCGAAGCCAAGAGCUUGCGCUGCGCAAGAGUGAUCCGGCAGUGUCGUUGGACAACGAGGGCAACAUAAAGAUUGGGGGUAAGACCCCGGACCUGACUUGCGACACUUCGGGUUUGUUCGCACUUCGGCAAGCCUUUCAGAGGAGGGCGUUGGCAUUUGACUUGGGCCACCUCGCUACCUUCGGUUGCAUGGAGGCUUGGACGAAUGACAUUUUUGAGAGAACUCAAAGGACACCGCCAAAAGGGUAUGCCCCAGUUAACAUCGGACAGCUUUUAUCGGCGGACCGGGAGCUCUUUGUGCAAGCGGCUCAUCGCCUUGAAGGAAAGCUGCAGGGUGCAUCGUCUGGCACUCGCCCCAUGGAUAGUGUGCUCAAGGAGAUCAGUGUGUCGCCUGAGGUCAUGCAGUACCUGUUGCCUCUUGCAGUGGCCGGCUCGACGUCGAGUCCAGUGGUGCAGCAGCCCAAGAGGCCACAUGUGGAUCCGCCCCCAGCCCCGCCUGGGGGUAACUUGGUUCGCGACCCAAAGGGUAAUAAACUGAAGAAGCCGAAGAAGGAUAAGAUUCAGAUCGUCAUCCCGGAUGGGUGUGACCAAGGGAAGAUGCGCAAAGGGAAGGAACAUAUUGAGCAGUUGUUUGACUUGUUGCCGCAUGAGCAACCAGCGCGUGGCCUCGGGGCCACGGCAUGCAGCUUUGGAAGUGGCGCCUACGCCAAAGGUGUGGGGAUACAGGGAUUAAGGAAAGAGUGUGUAACCUUUCCGGAGUCCACCCGCUUGAUAACUUCCUUCGUCAAUGCAUGUUUUCCAGAUCACUUCUUUACUUCAGUUGUCCUGUUCUGCAAUGCGAAGACGGACAUCCACAUUGAUGCCCGAAACCACCACUCGCCGAAUGCUGUCAUGGGAAUCUCCUCCUUCACAGGGGGGGAGAUUUGGGUGGGUGAUGGGUUGGGUGCAAAACCUAAGGAGAUCAAAGGGCAGCUUGUACAUGGUACACUGCACGAUGUGAGUCGACAGCCUGCUUUAUUUGACGCUUGGAAGCACCCUCAUUGCACUGAGGUCCGCUCGGCUAAUGCUGUUUAUCGGUUCUGCUACAACCUCGUUCUGCAGUGCAUCAAGCAUGGAAUCCAAGUGUCGCUUGACAAUCCGGUCAAUUCCUAUUUAUGGCCUGUGCUGGAGCAUUUUGCUCGCGGUGACAACCGUGCCUGGCCCCCGAGCGGACUUGAAUUCGUUGUCUUCCACAACUGCUGCCAUGGAGGUCCUCGUCCAACGCAGCGCCGGGUGCUUACAACUGUCGGUCUGUUGAGCACGCUUCGAGCUACCUGUCUGGGUGACCAUGUGCAUGAAGCUUGGACGGUGUCUUCUAACCGCAAUUCUGUGACAUACCCCCCGCUUCUCGCAAAACGAUGGGCCAAUUGCUUUGCGGCUCGUGCCCAGGCCUGGAACUUGAAUUUGCAGCCAGCCUCUGACCUUCAUGCUGUUUCGCUGGCUGCCACAGCCCGCCAAAGCCGAAAGUUCCAGCCUCUGAUCCCAGAAUUUCGCGAAGUGCGGCAGCUGCCUGCGUCUUUUCAGCCCGACAAAUCCUGCAAAGUGCUCCUUUCGCAUGGUGUGACAGGGGGUGAAGAAGAUGCGACGGAGCAUCUGUCCAAGCAAAGGUUCAGGUCCAGGUCUAGGUCGCCGCGGCAUCGUGCAUCGCCAGCCGAAAAGUCGCUCAAGGUGGGCUUCUGGCAUACCCCCGAGGAGCACCUGGCGCGUGCUAAGCAACUUGCCCACCCUAUGGAUACGGCAAACCCGGUCGCCCCUGAGACCUUGGAGAUACUGAAGGAAUGCAUGACAAUGAGUCCGGCCGAGCUGGCGCUAAAGCGCAAACUGUCGCUGCUGAAAGUAAAACUGUUGGUGCGGUCCUUGCAAAAAGAGGAGGCCGACUUGCAUGCCACGUUCCCGUCGUGGUAUCGCAAGGUCGUGGCAUCUAAGAACAUUCUUGCUUGGAAAAGGCUGCUUGAGGAAUUCAAUUACGAUGAUCCUGAAGUGACUAAGUUCUUGCUUGAAGGAUGCCCGUUGGUGGGUACGUCCGAUCUCCCCAAGCCCUUCGAUGCCAAGAUCGUGCCAGCAACUCUUUCAGAGUACGAGCUCCGUGCUACAGCAAAAGCUCGGCGGCAAGCGUUGGUGAACUUGUCGCGUCCUAGCGACAAGGAGCAUGCCGAGCACCUUGAACAGGCCACGGAAGACGAAGUCAAACGUGGUUUUCUUGAUGGGCCAUUCUCGGAGGCCCAGGUCUCUGAAAGAUUGGGCCAUGAGCAGUGGACCGCAGUCCGCCGAUUUGUGCUUGUGCAGGGUGCUGAACUGAAGCUAAGGAUUGCCCGUCUGGAAGCCGAACGGGCAGAGUUUCUACGCGGGCCGCGGCUUGAAGCAGACCUGUUGCUGGCUCCAGAGCAAGUGCGGCGAAAGUGUGCGCAAGCUCAAAGCAUUUUGGCUGCAGCCUCUCCUCGCUUCCUUCGAGUGACCCCGGUGGAGCCUUUGCUCCACCUGUACACGGACGGCUCGUGGGAGGAUGGGGUUGCGGGGAUAGGUGCCGUGCUCAUCGAUUGCAGUACUGGCAGAGGCCGGGUCUUUCAAGGGAUUGUUGACCCGCAGCUGGUCAGAGCUUGGCUCUCUUCGGUGGGUGAGCAGCUAAUGUGUGAAAUCGAACUCUAUGCGUUGGUGGCCAUCAGGCACGUGCUAGGGUCGGUGUUCGAGAGCAGGCGCUGCAUUUAUUGGAUAGACAAUAAUGCCGCGCGCAGCGUGGUGAUCAAGGGACACAGUCCUAGUGCUGCGAUGUCCGAGCUUGCAUUCCGCUUGUCCGAAGUGGAGACUUUGACUCCGUGCGCCAGCUGGGUGGAAC